AUUUUCGUUGAAUUGAAGUGAUUGUAAAGUUUUUCAUAUUUUUAUAAAAAUAACAAAAAAACCUAUUUAUCUUAUUGAUUAACGAAAGAACAUCAAUAAUUACGUGAAUAUAACUUAUAGAAAGUAUAAUUUCAACAUCCAAAGACGUGUAAAGUGCAAAAGUGAAUUUUUGAUUUCGGGAAAUACGAUGUUUUUUGAUAAAAACAAAGAAAAUACUGAUUUUAAAGGCACGCGCCUAACAUAUUCGUAAAUUAGAACUAAAAACGAGUAUUUUAAGACCUUUCCCGUGAAAAUUGGUGCACGUUUUCGGAAAAGCCGCUCUCCUGAACAUUUACCAUAUUUUUUAUUUGUGACAAUUUUUUUAAAUUCUAAAAGAUUUGGUGGCAAAGACAUUUCUAUGAAAAAAUGUGGCAAACCGCUUUGAAGAAGAAUGAGCAUCAACCAUGCUUUUUAUAUUGAUAUGAAUUUUUCUAAAAUAAUCGAGGCCAGAAUGAAAACGUGCAAGUUGUGUAAAAGUAAAUCCGAAUCUGUUUUUGAGCCCAACGAAUAUAUACUGGGCACACAAAUUUCUGAUGUUAUAAAAUUUAUAUUUAGUGAUCAGUCGUUGGAGUUUCCACCAAAAUUUUUCAUAUGUUCUUCGUGUGCGGCGGCGUUGGUACAAACUGAAAUUCUGCUAAAGAGACUUUCGGAGGCUUUGCCACACAGCAGAAAUUCUGGGAAACUAAACUUAUCCAAUCAUAAAAACGAAGAUAACGAUGAGGAGCCACAGACCGAGCAGAAUGAUAUAAAUGAAAAUAGCAAAGCUUCGGCAUCUGAAACCUUUCUGAAGGAUUGGAUAUUUCGCUGUACCCAUUGCGAUUACACUACCAGAAAGCCUAAAUUGUACAAAACUCAUUUAACAACUAAACAUGAACUGAAUAAUCCACGCAUUUACCAGUGUAUGUAUUGUUCGGAAUCAUAUCAACGCAUAAAUGCCAUACAAAAUCACAUCGGCAGCAUACAUGAAAAUAAACCCCGUCAAAAACGUCAACGUCGAAAGACAAUUGCAUUUGAUUCUCCAAGCGUAUUGAGCAGUACAACCAUCAGUAAACAGGUGGAAAUUAACACUCCAGUUGGUAAUGUCAACAAUGAAACAAAUGGUGUUGAUACAAAUAAUGAUAGUUAUCAAGCAGAUGGCAGCAAAAGCUAUGAAUUUACAUGCAGUCACUGCAUUUAUAAAACAAUAUUUCCAAAACAUUUCAAGCGGCACUUAUCAGUCAAACAUAAUAUUGAAGACACAAGAAUUUAUAAGUGCAAGCGAUGUUCUAGUACGUAUGCACGACAAUUUGCUUUGAAUAACCAUAUCGCUUACGAACAUGAAAACAAACCUAAACCACAACGCAGAAAGUCCGUAGCUUUAGAACAAAGUAUAUUAUACAAAGACGAGUUAAUAAUACCUAAAGAAGAAAUAUUGGAUGAUAAUGACGACCUAAGAUGUGAACUUUGCCUUUAUCAAGCGCAAGACUCAAAAACGCUUCGAAAUCAUAUGGUAAUAUUACAUCAAACUGAUAGUCUAAUUCAAAACAAUAACAAUAAUCAAAAGGACAACAAUUAUAAAAAUAAUGUCUAUUCGGAGACCACUUCUGAUAAUCAAGAAGAACAGCAAGAUCAUGUAUUCCAAGAACCUUUUAAAAAACCACGUAAUCAAUUAAGUUCGAGUGAAAUAUCAUCUUCAGAAUGGGUUUUCCAAUGCCCACGUUGUGAUUUUGAAUGCGCCAAAAAGAAAGUAUUCAAAGCUCAUUUAAUUAAUGAACAUGACUUAUAUGAAAGCGAUAUAUACAAGUGUCUUUACUGUUCGUCAACAUACGAACGUUAUAGCUCGUUGCAGAAUCAUGUAGCAGUGAAUCACAGCGUUGAUUUGACCGGAAUAGAAUCGGAUUCUAGUCAAGAUAACGUUGCAAAGAAACAAAAACUGAAUGGAACUGCAAAUAGUACAGAAAAACACACUCUUGAAAACAGCAGUCAGGAGCAAAUGCCGUCAAAAAAACGUAAAAUGGAACGAGAAGAACGAGAAAAAAGUAAAGAAUCUUGUGUUGUAUGUGGCAAGCUUUUUUCCACCGUGGACAAAUUGCGCGCUCAUAUGGACAAACAUCAUGGAGGCGAUGAAAUCAAAAAGUGUCCGAAUUGUGAUGCACAAUUUCGUUCGUUGGAGAAGUACGAGGCACAUCUGUUUAGUGAGAAAUGUCUCAACACUAAGUUAGCCUGCCAAUAUCCAGGUUGUCCGAAACGUUUUAAUAGACCAUCAAAAAUGCAACAACAUAUGCGUGAGAAACAUCCCGAUGUAAUAGACUAACGUUUUUGGUUUUAAUAGAAUUAUUAUUUUUUGUUUAAUAUUUUCAACACGAUUACGCAUCCUCCAUGCUGAGUUUUUAACUAGUGUCAAUAAACGGUACUAUCAAAAUAUAUGUAUGUACAUAUGUAUAUGCGUUUAAAAUCUUACAGUGUCAUUUUACGUAAAUCAUUAUACGCGAUCUGUUACGCAAUCAACGUAUAUUUGAUUGUACUUAUGUAUAAUAUAUUUCUGAUGAGAAAUAAAACAAACAACAUUAAUUCCAAUAGAAUUAGUUUUAUUUUCGGUAGAUAAUUGAAAUACACAUUUUCAAUCCGUGACACAUAUACAGGUAUAUAUGCACGUAUAAAGUAAUAAAUAUAUUCAACAACAAAUUAUGCAAGUCACCUUUACGUUUCCCCAUUUCGUAAAUAAUCAUAUUAAAAAUAGGCUCAUGAAAAA